UGGCACUCCCUGUGUGUGAGCGAGACGGGGGACAUCUACAUCUGGGGCUGGAACGAGUCGGGGCAGCUGGCCCUGCCCGCCAGGGGGCUGGCGGAGGACAGAGAGACAGUCGCAGGGGAAGCCACUGCACUGAGGGACGACGGUUCUGGGGUGAAGGGACCAGCGGGGGCUGAGGAGGGAGCCGCCGCCCCCUUCAUCGCGGUGCAGCCCUUCCCGGCGUUACUGGAUCUGCCCCUGGGCUCGGACGCGGUCACGGCCAGCUGCGGGUCCCGGCACACGGCCGUGGUGACGAGGAAGUACGGACAGCUCGGCCACCAGGACACCACCAGCUGGGACCGGCCCCGCCGGGUGGAAUACUUUGUGCAUCAGCAGCUCCACGUAACGGCGGUGCGCUGUGGGCCCUGGAACACCUACGUGCACGCAGUGGAGCAGCAGAGCUGAUGGCACCCCAGGCUGCUGACCAGGACUGUGGCCGAGACCCCGGAGCACAAGCAGGUCUCCGGGCGGCUGCUGCACCGGCAGAUCAAGGGCAGGUGAGUGACACCCGUGCGGCCGCCCCACCCCCAGACAGCUCUCCCUGCUCCGUGAGCUUCGUGACUCAGGUCCGACUGUUUCUCACAGCCAGAGACACCCCGUCGGCUCCGAGGGCCCAGAACCCGCGGGAGGGGCUCUGUCUGGCCUCGCGACCCUGGCGAGUGGUUUUGAGAUUUACCCGUGGUGUUCCCGUGUCAGUUCAUCCCUUUCUGUUACUGAGCAAUAUGUCAUUGAGCGGAUAUUCCACAACUUAUU